AUGCCUUUAAUUACAAUGUGUGGAAUCCCAGCAAGUGGGAAGACUACUUGUGCUAGGCGAAUUGAGGAGUAUUUUCGAAAACGUUUUGUUGACGAAGGCAUGACCAGAAACAGCAUUCACUUUAUAAAUGACAACAGUCUAGGAAUAUCAAAAGAAAGCUACAAAUAUACAGGAACUGAAGAAAAAAAUUCUCGAGGCGCAUUAUUAUCAUCGGUUGAGAGACUUGUAUCGAAGGAAGACGUGGUGAUAGCCGACGGGGUUAAUUAUAUCAAGGGAUUUCGGUAUCAAUUAUAUUGUGUUGCACGGGCUGUUGGUACUCCUCAUUGUGUUGUAUAUUGUGGCACACCUGUUGAAAAGGCACGGACUUGGAAUUCGAGUAGACCGGAGGGAGAAGAACGAUACGAAGAAUCAGUAUUUGAUGACCUAGUCAGCAGAUUCGAAGAGCCAAACGACCGAAAUCGAUGGGACUCGCCACUUUUCACGGUGAUUUACGAUGAUCCAGAUAUUCCAUGUGAUGAUAUUUGGCAGGCGGUUAUGGUGAAAAAAGCGAAGCCGCCGAAUUUAUCGACUGUAGUUAAACCAGUCAGUGAAACCAAUUACUUAUAUGAGCUGGAAAAAACGACCCAAGAAAUAAUCAACCAGAUCCUAGAAGUUCAAAAAAAUAGCGUUGGUGUUGCUGAACUACGUAGGCUACGUCGCCAAUUCACAAAUAUCAACAAGAUGCACACGUUGCUGGAUAUGAAUCGCGUAGCAGAGUUAUUUGUAGAGUAUUUGAAUACGAAUGUUAAUCGAUAG